AUGGUCGUGAAGGCGCCGAAAGAUUACGCGCGCGAGCCCCCUCGCGGAUGGAGCUCGAAAUGGUCGUGGACCACGCUCGACGGCGACGAUCGCGCGCAGACGGGCGCGGACGCGCGCAAGUUGUUUGAAGAACCACAGUUUCACAAACGCGCGAGGAUCGGCGAUUUACUAGGCGUGCGUGCGAUGCUCGACGCGCGCACGGUCGACGUGGACGACGUCGAUGCCGGCGGACGCACUGCGUUACACUUUGCCGUCGGUUUCGGGCGCGAACACGUCGCACGCGAGCUGCUCGAUCGAGGCGCCGCGCUGGAGACGCGCGACGAUUGGGGCAAGGCGCCGGUGGAUUUUGCGAUGCAAGGACUACACGACGAGUGCAUUCAAAUGUUACGAAUGGAGGCGGUGAAGCGAGGCGUUUGGGGAGGACGAGGUCGUGUGGCGCCGUUGAAGACGUACUACGAGUACGCAUACAACCUCACGAACGAAGAAGUGCACGUGCAGAUCGAGAAACACGCCCGCGAAGCCUCGGAAAAUUACACGCGUCAGGCGAAAGCCGACAGCGCUAGCUAUAACGAGCAAAGAGCAGAGUUACAGCGAGCAAAA